AUCAUGUCCAUCAUUCAUCUAUUUCUAACAUAGAACUUGCUGCACCCGACUUUUUCUCGCUUCUAUCAUCUCCCCCCAACCCCGCAUAAUUAUUUAUUUUUUUUAUUAUAAUAUCUCUGAUAAAUUAGGCAGAAAAUUAAACAUCUCUCUCUCUCUUCAAAUUUCGCUCUCUUGAGGAACUUUGAUUCAAGAAGUUUAUUAUGUCAGGCAUGGAGGGUGUCAAAGAUCAAGAGCAGGUGGUUGGAAAUGUCCCUGGUUCCAUGCCAACAUCUCAAGAUCAGGAAGAAGCUAUAAAGAAAAAAUAUGGAGGAAUCGUGCCCAAGAAACCUCCACUUAUUUCUAAGGACCAUGAACGGGCAUACUUCGAUUCUGCUGACUGGGCACUUGGAAAGCAAGGUGGUGAGAAACCUAAAGGACCACUGGAAGCCCUUCGGCCAAAAUUACAGCCUACACAACAACAGACGCGGUACCGGAAGUCUCCUUAUGCCCCAUCAGAUGGUGAAGACGCUGAAGCUGCUCCAUCCGAGGAUGCAACUCCCAAUGAAUGAGAAAUUAUUGUUGGCCUUUUGAUCUAGUAAAGGAUUCUGAUUGUUAUUUUAAUACCUAAAUAGGCAAUGAGUAAUUUUCUGUUAUUUUGGAGAAAUAAAAGUUAUGGAUAUUGUCAAAAAAAAAAAAAAAAAG